AUGUUUGAGAAGAUGGCCAAAUACAUCAGGGAAAACCUGCAGUUGCUAAUUGACCAGCCCGUCGGCACCUACUGUUUAAGGCUACACAAUGACCGUGUGUACUACAUGAGUGAAAAGAUCCUGCAAAUGGCUGCCAAUAUCUCCAGGGACAAGCUGGUGUCACUGCAGAUCUGCUUUGGGAAGCUCACCAAGACCUACAAAUUCCAGUUGCACAUCACGGUGCUGGAUUACCUGGCGCCCCAUACCAAAUAUAAAAUGUGGAUAAAGCCUGUCACAGAGCAGUCCUUCCUGUAUGGGAACCAUGUUUUGAAACCUGGUCUAGGUCAAAUCACUGAAAAUAUUUCUCAGUACCAGGGAGUGGUGAUGAACUCAAUGGUAGACAUCCCUUUGGGUUUUGGGGUGGCAGCAAAGUCUACACAAGACUGCAGGAAGUAG